AUGUCGAGUAGAAGAAGAGCAUACCCACAACCACAGUAUGCUGCUACACCGGCAGUUCCUGCCGCUGACCCACAACUCCAGCAAUUUCAGCCCCAGCAGGCUCAAGGUCAAGCUCAACAGGCUCAAGGAUAUGGAGCAGGUAGUCCAGCAUAUGGCGUUGAUCAGGUAAACCAACAAUUUCAAAACAUGAAUGUUGGUGGAGGAGUUGCAGGCCAACCAAUGGCUAAUCAAUAUCUGGGUCAAUACCAACCACCACCUUCACAAGCCAAUCCCCAGGCACCUUACCAAGCGCCAGGAGCAGACUCAUUUGGAAGUCAGUUUGCCCAGCACCCUCAAUAUGCGCAACCAGGUAUGGUUGGAGGUGCAGCAGCUUUGCCAUUGAAUCAAUUGUAUACUACUGAUUUAUCGAGGGAGUUACCUCCAUCAAUCACCGAUUUGUCAUUACCUCCACCCCCAAUAGUGUUACCAGCUAAUUCAGUGGUGGUUCCUACAUCUGAAGAUUCGAAUGCUCCUCCUGAAUACUUCAGAUCGACAUUGAACGUUUUGCCAGCAAACAAUUCCCUUUUGAAGAAGUCCAAGUUACCAUUGGCAUUGGUUGUCAGACCUUAUAAUACCUUGCACAUCGACUCGGAAAACAUUCCUGUUACUUCUGAUACAAUCAUUAGUAGAUGUCGUCGUUGUCGUGGUUAUAUUAACCCAUUCGUAACUUUGACUGAACAAGGUAGACGUUGGAGAUGUAAUUUUUGUAACUUGCAAAACGAUAUCCCAAGUGCCUUUGAUUAUGAUGAACUUACAGGUACUGCUAAGAACAAGUUUGAAAGGGUUGAAUUAAACCACUCGGUUGUUGAGUUUGUGGCUCCAAAAGAAUACAUGGCAAGAACUCCACAACCAAUUGUUUACACUUUUAUUAUCGAUGUUUCGAUUGAUGCAGUUAAUAGUGGUUUGACCAGUACCAUCACCAGAACAAUUUUAGAAAGUUUAGAUCGUAUUCCAAAUGAUAAUAAAACCGCAAGAGUUGCUUUCAUCGGGGUUGAUUCGAACUUACACUAUUUUAAAUUCAACGAAGGUUUAGAUGGAACUGAUUUAUUGAUUGUCUCCGAUAUCGACGAACCAUUUUUACCAUCUCCAGAUGGAUUGUUAAUUAAUUUAAAUGAAAAUAGAUCUACUAUCGAGAAAUUAUUAAUUGAUUUCCCAACUUAUUUCGAAGGCACAGCUAAUGAUAGGUUCGCAUUGGGUCCUGCUUUGAGAGCCGGUCAUAAAAUGAUUUCUAACAUUGGUGGUAAAUUGAUCUGUUUUACAGCUACUUUACCAAAUAUUGGUGAAGGUAAGUUGACAUUAAGAGAUGAAGCUAGUCACUCUGGUAAACCAAAAGAAUCACAAAUGUUAUUGUCCAAUGCUGAUAAAUUUUAUAAGAGUUUUGCGGUAGAAUGUAAUUCUGCACAGGUUACUGUCGAUUUAUUCUUGACUUCCGCUAAAUACCAGGAUGUUGCAUCAUUGGCUAAUUUACCACGCUUCACUGCAGGUCAAACUCACUUUUACCCUGCCUGGUCUUGCGCCAAAGCUGAAGAUGUUACAAAAUUAUCUAGAGAAGUUAGUGAACAUUUGUCGAUGGAUAUUGCUUUGGAAGCUGUGUUAAGAGUCAGAGGCUCCACAGGAAUUAGAAUGAGUUCAUUCUACGGUAACUUCUUUAAUAGAUCUUCUGAUUUAUGCUCAUUCCCUACUUUCCCUAGAGAUCAAAGUUAUUGUAUUGAGAUGUCUAUUGAAGAAACAAUUCACAAGUCAGUUGUUUAUUUCCAGGCAGCUGUAUUACAUUCAACCUGUUUUGGAGAAAGAAGAAUUAGAGUUAUGAAUUUGGCAAUUCCAACCUCGACAAAAUUAGAUGAUAUUUUUGCCUCCGCAGAUCAAUUAGCAGUCGCAAAUUAUUUCACGCAUAGAUCAGUCGAAAAGGCAUUCUCAAGCUCGUUACCAGAUGCUAGAGACUACUUGGUUAAAUCUAUAGUUGAUAUUUUAAAUGUCUACAAAAAAGAAUUAGUAGCCGGAAACGUGUCCGGAUCCUCACCAUUACAAUUAUCAACUAAUUUAAGAAUGUUACCAUUGUUAUUGUUUUCAUUAACUAAACAUCUAGCCUUAAGACAAGAAAGAGUACCAUCUGAUCACAGAGCAGCCGCUUUGAAUUUAUUAAGUUCAUUACCAAUACCACAUUUAAUCAAAUAUAUCUAUCCAACUGUCUAUUCAUUGCAUAAUAUGGGUGAUGAAUGCGGAUUACCAGAGCAAAUUGUUCAAGUCGAUGAAGAGACAGGAGAAGAAGAGACAGUUAACUCCACAGAAAUUUUGUUACCGGAACCAUUAAACGAUACAAAAGCCUCAUGGGAGAACUAUGGCUUAUACUUGAUUGAUAAUAGCACUGAAUUGUUCUUGUGGGUCUCGGGUGAUGUUGUUCCAGGCUUAGUUUAUGAUUUGUUUGGUACUGACAACUUAUAUAGUGUACCAACUGGUAAGACUGAGUUGCCGGAAUUUUCAUUUGAAGAAUCUGAGUUCAAUUACAAAGUUCGUCAAAUUAUUGGAAAGAUUAGAGAACAGAAAGAUUCUGUUACUUGGAAAAAUCUUUAUGUUGUAAUUGGUGGUUCUUCGAAUGAACCAAUCGAAAUUUCUCAACAACGUGAUUUGAUGGCUUUAAGAAUGUGGGCCUUAAGUUGCUUAGUUGAAGAUAAGACUGCUAGUGAGCCAGGUUAUAGGGAAUUUUUAACAUCAUUAAAGUCAAAGAUUACUCAAUAA